CCCACUCCCACUCCCACUCCCACUCCUCACUCUCUCUCACUGGAGUGGGGAAGAAGUGGGGAACACGAGCUGAGACAAGAGGGGGGAGGAGAGGGAGAUCGGAGCAAGUAAGACAGGGCUCACCGAUCUCGGGCCGGGAUGGGGUGCACGGCGUCCAAGGUGGAGCAGGAGGACACGGUGCGGCGAUGCAAGGAGCGCCGCCGCCACAUGAAGGACGCGGUGGCGGCGCGCCAGCUGCUGGCCUCCGCGCACGCCGACUACCUCCGCUCCCUCCGGGUCACCGCCGCCGCGCUCUCGCGCUUCGCCCAGGGCCACCCCUCGCUCGCCGUCUCCCACCACACCGCCCCCGUCCUCCUCUCCGCCGCCGCGCCGCCCCCGGCCCCCGGCGCCGCCCACGCGCUCCCCACGCCGGCGCCGUCCACCGCCGCGUCGUCCUCGCUCCCGCCCCCGACGCCGCUCGCCCAGCACCCGCACCCGCCGCCGCCGCCGCCGCAGCAGCAGCCGCAGCCAGCGGCGGCGAUGGCGGCGCCGCAGCCUGCGCCGGUGAGGGCUCCACGCCCGCGGCGGCAGGUGCCGCACAUCCUGUCGGACUCAAGCGUGGCCAGCCCUGCGCAGUCGUCCUUCCGCAAGCAGCCGCCGGUGGGGACGCCCUCCUCCUCCUCCGCGUGGGAGUGGGAGAACUUCUACUCGCCGUCGCCGCGGACUCCGAGUUCUUCGACGCGCAAGGCCGAGCUCGAGGAGGCUAACCGCCUCCGCGAGUUCGAGGAGGAGGAGAAGGCCCGGACCUACCUCCACCACCACCACCCCUACAACCUCAAGGAAGAAGACGAGGUCGACGACGACGACGAUGGCGAGGUGGACCACGAACCAGAGGGGAUGCACUGCGGCGGAUGGGAGGACGACGACGAGCAUUACGCGUCCACGACCACGUCGGAGACCAGAUCGGAGGAGGGAGAGAUGGGGAAUAGAUCGGAAUGCGGGUUCGCCGCCAGAUCGGAGUGCGGGUACGUGGCCAGAUCGGAGUACGGCGGGACGGCACCCUCGGAGUACGCCGCCGUACCAUUGUCUCUGAGGAGGGAUGAGAGGUCGGAGGCUGGCGACUCCUCCUCCACGGUCACGGCGGCGACCGAGAUGCGGAUGGUGGUGCGACAUCGCACUCUCGCCGAAAUCGUGGCGGCCAUUGAGGAAUACUUCGUCAGGGCGGCGGACGCCGGCAACGAUGUGUCCGAGCUCCUUGAGGCCAGCCGCGCACAGCUCGACCGCAACUUCAGGCAGCUCAAAAAGACGGUGUACCACUCCAACAGUGUGCUAUCCGCAUUGUCAUCAACAUGGACGUCAAAGCCACCAUUGGCUGUACGAUACAAGUUGGACACCAAUGCGCUGGAGAUGGAGUCGACGGAAGGGAAGAGCCAUGGAUCCACUCUGGAACGUCUUUUGGCUUGGGAGAAGAAGCUCUACGAGGAGGUCAAGGCAAGGGAGAGUGUGAAGAUUGAGCAUGAGAAAAAGCUAUCUACUCUACAGAGCCUGGAAUAUAGAGGGAGGGAUAGUUCAAAGCUGGACAAGACCAAGGCCUCUAUAAACAAGCUGCAAUCUCUGAUCGUAGUUACAUCACAGGCUGCCACCACUACAUCCUCUGCAAUUGUUAGAGUCCGUGACAAUGAGCUUGCACCACAGCUUGUUCAGCUUUGUUUUGCGCUAUUGGGUAUGUGGCGGUCAAUGAAUCAUUUCCAUGAGAUUCAGAAUGAGAUUGUUCAGCAAGUCUGCGGUCUGGUGGACAACUCCAUGGCUGAGUCAACAUCUGACCUUCACAGGCUUGCAACUCGUGAUCUUGAGGCUGCUGUUGCGGCAUGGCACUCAAACUUCAACCGCCUUAUCAAGUAUCAACGUGACUACAUCCGUGCUUUAUACGGCUGGCUGAAGCUCACACUCUGCCAAGUGGAUAACAGCGCCCCACAAGAGGCCCAUGCCUCGAUGAUCUCGCGUGAACUCACCAGCUUCUGUGACGAGUGGAAGCAAGCGCUAGACCGGCUUCCGGAUGCUGUGGCUUCAGAGGCUAUCAAGAGCUUCGUGAAUGUUGUCCAUGUCAUCUACACUAAGCAGGCAGAGGAGAUGAAGAUCAAGAAGCGGGCAGAGACGUAUUCAAAGGAGCUAGAAAAGAAAACCAACUCGCUCAGGUCCAUCGAGAAGAAGUACUACCAAUCCUACUCGAUGGUUGGCCUCGGCCUUCCUGGCAGCGGGCGCGAUGGCAUUGAGACCCACGCGUAUGAUGCCCGUGAUCCUCUUGCGGAGAAGAAAACUGAGAUCGCCCAAUGCCGUCGGAAGGUGGAGGAUGAGAUGACAAGGCACGCUAAGGCCGUCGAGGUCACCCGAUCAAUGACGCUGAACAACAUACAGACAGGCCUGCCAGGAAUAUUCCAAGCCAUAGCUGGUUUCUCAGCGACAGUGGUCGAAGCCCUGGAUGUUGUGUGCCGCCGAGCUGGAUCGGUGCGGUAGAAGCCCACGCCACCAUCAGAAAUUCAGAAUUACCAAGAGACCAUUUGCGCGCCUCUCUUUUCUUGGUGAUUCAGUAGUUUCAUUUUAUAGGGAAAGUGCAAUAUAUAUAUAUAGCUCAAAUUAGUGAUGAGAUAUAGUUGAAGGCUCCCUGGAUGUUUUGCCGCCUCAGGAUCGUUUUCGGUUGUAGAUAAUGUGAUUUUGCCCAGGAUUUGUUGGGUUGGGUCUCGUCUCGCCCCUUUUCCGCGAAGUGCGAGGGGAUAUAUAAUGUACAGACAUUGUGGUCACCUUGCACUCUAAUGUUGAAUCAAGCCUGUGCUUCUAGCCUUCUAUCUAACAAGCGCGCUAGUUUCCUCA